GACGCACGACCGCUUUUAACGUCCGCGAUAAGUUAACAAAACUCGUUGAAAAUGCAUACAUCAAAAUGGUAGAAUCUCUGCAAAUGUUUUUAUUUCUUUUCAAAUCCAAAUACAGACGAAAAUGGUCCUGGUUCUCUCCGUUCCUAUGUUCAGUGCUCAUAGUGUUAUUGUUUUGUCACGGAGUUCUAGCUAAGUGUAGUGAUCAUAACUGCUUAAAUGGUGUGUGUAAAAAUGAUACUUGCGUGUGCUACGAGGGCUGGCAAGGUCCCCAGUGCCAGCAUUGCGGCGGGAAAAUAAAAUUAACCGAACCAACGGGAAUAAUAACCGACGGUCCGGGAAACUACAGCGUCAGUACACAAUGUUCGUGGCUGAUUGUACCGCCGCGGCUCGGACCCAACCCUCCCGCGCUGCGUGUACGACUCGAAAGCUUCGCCACGGAAUGUGGUUGGGACCAUUUGUACGUGUACGACGGUGACAGCGUACGAGCGGAGCGUUUGUUGGCUGUUUUUAGUGGUGUGCUAGAUAAUAAGGAUUCCGGCUGGACUCGUCAAGUGAUAGCUCGUUCUGGGAGCGUACUUUUACAUUUCUUUUCGGACGACGCGUACGCGAUGGAGGGCUUCAAUGUAACGUACGCGGCGUACUCUUGCCCUUCGAACGAUCAUCGUACGAAUUGUUCUAAUCACGGCGAGUGUGACGAGGGCUCGUGCAGAUGUGAACCGGACUGGGUCGGUGUUGCGUGUGAUCAGCCUUUAUGUCCAAACGACUGCAACGCAGAAAAUGGCGGCGGAGUGUGCACGGCGAGCGGCUGCGUGUGCGCGGCGGGGCGCGGCGGCAGCGCGUGCGGCGCGCAGGGCGGCGCGGCGGCGUGGCGCUGGGCGUGGCGCGAGGAGGGCGAGGGGGGCGCGCGGCCGCGGGGCGCGCCGCCGCCCGCCGCCGGACACGCGCUCGUCGCGCACGAGCAGGACCUGCUGCGCGUCGGCGGGGAGACCUUCGCCGACGCGCCCUUCCUCCACAGAUACAAAACAGUAGAAAAUGAAUGGAUAGCCAUGGAAGCGAGAGGGGAAGUCCCAUUGCCACGUUUCGCACACUCGACCGUGAUCUACGGCAACGAGUUGAUAGUUUAUGGAGGCGUUGUAGCCUCGGACGAGCCAGAGAGGGGGGGCGGGCUGGCGGGGCUGGAGGGGCGCGCGGGCGAGGUGACGAACGAGGUGUGGCGCGCGCGCCUGGACGCCGCGCACGCGGACUGGCGGAACGCCACGCCCACCGCCUGCUCGCCGCACCGCCCCGCGCCGCUGAAGCACUGCGGCGGCCUCCAUUUAUCUGGUCACACAGCUGUAAUGGUGCAAAUGGGUCCAACGAAGAAACCGGUCAUGUUAGUGUUUUUUGGACAUUCUCCGUAUUACGGAUACCUGCAUCUCGUCCAGGAGUACUACGUGGAGGAGGGGUGGUGGGGCGCGGCGGGCACGCGCGGCGCGGCGGCGCGCGGCGGGUUCGCGCACUCGGCCGCCUACGACGCGCUGUCGGCGCGCGUGUACGUGCACGCCGGCCUCGUGUCCGAGUCGGAGGCCACGCAGGCGCCAUCCGCUGCGCUGUACGAAUACGAGAUAGAGACGAGGAUCUGGCGUCCCUUACCGUCCGCGCCGACGCCGAGAUAUCUACACACAGCCCUCUUUGUAUCGCCUGGCAUGAUGCUCGUGUUCGGCGGCAACGCGCACAACGACAGCGCGAGUGCGGGCGCGGGCGCGGGCGCGGCGGCGGCGCGCUGCUACGCCGCCGCCGCGCACCUCUACCACGCGCGGUGCAGGACGUGGUACACGAUCCCGGGCUUGGACAGCUCUGCGCGCGCAGCACAUGCGGCCGCCCUGCUGCCGCACGCGCCGCGACCCACCGCCAUCGUGCACGCGGGCUUCGACGGUCGGCUACGUUCAGACGCGCUACUGUUCGAGACGGGAGAUAAGUGCUCAACCAGACGUGACGAAGCGUCCUGCCUCGGCAGCGCGCAGCGAGCCGGCACUGCGUGCGUGUGGCGCGCGAAUGACCAGACCUGCGUCGCUAUAGAGGAAAUCGGGUGGAAGCAAUCAUUCGAUGAAAGCGUCAAGGCGUGCGUGAACGAACCAGUGUUUGACGAGCGUCGCUGCGCGCGCGCGGAGUACUGCUCGGCGUGCGUGGCGAGCGGCUGCGCGUGGUGCGGCAGCUGCCUGCCCACGGCGCAGCACUGCCUGCGGCACGCGCACCAGCAGCACGCGCUGAUGUCGCUGUCGGUGGACGAGUGCGUGUCUGCUGGUGGCGGGGGGGAGGUGUGUGGGCGGUACCACUCGUGCGCGGCGUGUCACGCGCACCUACACCGACACCCUCACGGUUCAGAAGAAUUGAGUCAGCGAGCUUGUUACUGGGACUACGACACAGUUAAAUGUAGACCAGCAAAUUCUUCUACCGACAUCAGAAGUGUGGCUGCGACAGCAACAGGAGUGUGUAGUGCGGCGUGCGCCACGUUCCGCACAUGUGCGAACUGUACCGCGGAGGAGUGUAUUUGGUGCGCUUCAGCCGGCCGAUGUGUCGAUAAGAACGCGUACGGCGCGUCGUUCCCCAUGGGCGGCUGCCGCGCGUGGUCCACCAACGGCUGCGCGGGCGCGGCGGGCGCGGCGGGCGGCGCGGGGGGCGCGGGCGGCGGCUGCGCGGCGCACGCGUCGUGCGCGGCGUGCCUGGCGGAGCCGGCGUGCGGCUGGUGCGACGACGGCGCGGGCGGCGGGCGCGGCGCGUGCCUGCCGGGCGGGGAGCGGCGCCCGCACCACCCGCACGUGUGUCCGCAUCGCAGAUGGCACUUCACGCGCUGCCCGGCGUGCCAGUGCAACGGGCACGCGGUGUGCGACGGCGCGGCGCGCUGCGUGCAGCCGUGCGGCGCGCGCGCGGUGGGCCCGCACUGCGACACGUGCGCGCCUGCGCACUGGGGGUCGCCGCUCAACGGCGGCCUGUGCCAACCGUGCGAGUGCAACGCGCAGGCGGUGUCGUGCGCCGUGGACACGGGGCGCUGCUACUGCAGCACGAAGGGGCUGGCGGGCGACCGCUGCGACAAGUGCGACAACACCAACCACUACCACGCCGACCUCUUCAACAAGGGCUGCUAUUACGAUCUAGCAGUCGACUACCAGUUCACGUUCAACCUGUCGAAGAAGGAGGACCGGCACCUGUCCGCCAUCAACUUCCGCAACGCGCCCGUGAAGCCGGACGUGGACGCCGACUUCAGCAUCACGUGCUCCGCGCACGCGCGCAUGAACCUCACGGUGCGCACGCGCAGCGACCCCGCCGAGCGCACGCUGUUCAGCGACGUCAACUGCACCAACUUCCGCUACAAGUUCGCGAAGUCGGAACACGCCUUCGGCGUCGAGGACAACGUGACUCUGACGACGUUCUUCGUGUACGUGUACGACUUCCGGCCGCCGUUGUGGAUACAGAUAUCGUUCUCUCAGUACCCGAAGUUAAAUUUACAACAGUUUUUCAUUACGUUCUCGUCGUGCUUCUUACUCUUGUUGCUGGUCGCUGCCGCCCUGUGGAAAAUAAAACAGAAAUAUGAUUUGUACCGAAGAAGGCAGCGAUUGUUUGUGGAAAUGGAACAAAUGGCAUCUAGACCUUUUAGUCAAGUCAGUAUCGAACUGGAGAAGGGAGGCGGGGGCAGCGGAGUCCCCGCGCCGGUGGCGCUGGAGCCGUGCCGCUCGGGCCGCGCCGCCGUGCUGUCGCUGCUGGUGCGCCUGCCCACCGGGGGCACCGGCCGGGCGCCGCCGCUCGGGGGGCUGGCGCUCGCCUCCGCGCUCGUCACGCUCGGCCACCAGCACCACGCGCACCACGCGCCGCACGCCAACACCGACAGAUGGCGAAGAGAUAACCAAUGUAAAUAGGAUUGUAUGAAGUAAGUGUACAUAGGACUGUCUAGUGCAUUGCUCAAUGGAGUUAGGACCAUAAUACUCAGACCGCUUCGUGCGUAAUUACGGAUAAGUUUUAAAAUGGACGUUUACGAAAAUAAACGAUAUUUUAUAACAAACGGUAACAUAACCAUAGAACACAGAAUGUAAUGGAAGUGACAUAUGAAGUCGCUAAUUUAAUUGCUAUCACGUACGAUAUUGAAAAAUUUUAAUAGUUCUUUUUUUUUUAUAAAACAUUAAAAAACAUAAAAUUUGUUCGUUUUGUGGUUUGUCAAUUUAGAGUUUUUUAGGGUUAAGUAUCGUUUCUAGUAUAUUCUCUGUUCUAUGGUGGUGGUGAACGCUUAAAGUUUUGUAAAAUCGUUAAAUUAUAUACAAGAGAUUUUUCCAAUGCGCUUAUAUAAUGCUUGAAUCGGGAUUUUAAUAAUGAGCUAUUAUUAAAGCGGUAUUUGUAAGAUUUAAGCUCGAAUAUAUUUAGUAUUUUUUUUUACAAACGGAAUCUAAAUUGUGAUUUUUUUUUUUUAUUUAAUUUAACAUGCGAAAUAAUAAUAGAUUAUAGUUUAUUAUGAAACUUCCGUUCGAGAGAUUGCCAAAUGCAUUUAUGCCAAUAAAAUGACAUGUUUUUUUUUAAUUUAAAAUUUUUUUCGAUUUUAAAAUAUUGAGGUCAGUACGAUUUUUGACUGAAAUUGUUUUCUCCAAUAAAAUUAUAGAUAAAUCCAUUGCAAAAUAUUAUGUAUAUUUUAAAUUAGGAUCUAUUAUAUAAGGUGCUUCUUAAAAUAACGUUCAUUUUCAGCGCCUUCUUAAUAGAUAAUAAAAUAUAUAAAUGAAAUAGUUCCCUCUUAGUCGGAAGAUCACAUUUAUUAAUUUCCACCAAGCAGCGUUUACUAUAAAAAAUAAAAAAAAAAAACAUAAAAUUUGAAUUUAGAAUGUUUUCUACGAGCAAAUUAAAUUAAUAUAAUAAAAAUAAUGCACACAUUUUCAUACAAUUCAUUCGUUUUCAAAUUUAGAACAGUUCGUUACAGCGAAUCUAUAGAUUAAGUUCGAUAAAUAAAGAUUAUUGCAUACACACACAAAAAAAAAUUGUAUUUAAAUUUAGAAUAUUAUUCCGACUAAUUGUAACUGUUUCGUCUGUAACUACAACGAUGUGAUACAGAACAUCACAAGUUAACUUUAUAUACGUACGGUUCUAUCGAUAUUGUAUACAAGAUGAACGUGCGGGACUAUCGUAUUGUACAGAUAGUCAAUAUCACAGUACGUCACUAGGACUUAUAUUAUAUUGUAUAUACGCGGUUCAGACAAAACUAUUAUAUUUUUCAUACGACUGAAGUGUAAAAAAAUCGUGUAUAAAGUCUUUAUCGUGAAAGGCAUUUAAUUUAUCGAUGUUGUGUCGAAUCAAAUCACAUCCCUACUCAUAAUAUUUAGAAAUCCAUUUGUACAUAAAUAUGAACCUUUUUUUAUAAAAGACAUUUCUAAAUCAUCUCAACUCGGUAUUGCUAUCGAUUCUAUUGUGAAGUUUAAACUAAAAUAAUUUUCUUUCUUAUAUCUUUAGCUAUAUCUUCAGUUUCUCCCUCCUUCCAGAGUUCCUCUCUUACACCCCCCAUCUUAAAUUAAAUUGUCCGCAUUUGAAGAAGACUUCUAAUUUUUCUUCUGUAGUUUUUUUUUUCUUGUUAUAUCUUAUAUAUACAGACUGAAAAUACGUAAUAUCGUGUCCACAAUGUUUGUGUAGUUGGUAUUCUGUGCGUCAAUUUUGUUUCCCAUUUUAAACAAAGGAAAAUAUGAAAAUUAUCAAUUUAUAAUCAUAUAUUAGGUAAAACUAUUUUUUCUCAAUUAAAAAAAAAAUGUUUGUCAUCGGAAGUAACGCGCUGCGGACUGACUCCCAUUGUAAGACCUUAUUGUGUAUACACUUAUAUCACAGCGUGUGACGAUUGAAUUUACCAGACUUGGUCAGCAUCACACAUUUUCUUUGUAACAUUAUGUCCGUACUGAGAGGUCAGUGACUUCAAGCAUAGCAGUGAUCUCAGUACUUGCGAAUUAUUUUAGCUUAGAUAUUAUCUGCACGAAAUCAGUAACAAUAUUUUAAUAAAAUUUUUUUAAUACUAUCGUUCACUUCAAUAAAUUUGACUUGUUUCUUAAUUUAAAUCUUAGUAAAUAAUUUAAUAUUGCAUUAUUAUCACAAGUGUUCCUAUCCUAUUUUCAUGACAUACUAGUUUGACAAAAGUUUCACCGAUUCGAACACAGCAUCGUUAGUUUAGGUAU